UUUGGUCUAAAAUCCUCAGGCAGCUCGUCCCCAAUCGCAGUCGCAGCGCGGCUCUUGCCUCUUGUAGGUUGUAGCCAUAGCGAAAGAGAGAGCGCCAUGGCCAAGGCUCACAUCCUCGUGCUGCCGGUGCCGGCCCAGGGCCACGUCACCCCGCUCAUGGAGCUCUCCCACCGCUUGGUCGACCACGGCUUCGAGGUCACGUUCGUCAACACCGAAACGCAUCACGCGCGGGUCGUCGGCGCGCUGCAGGCGGCGGGCGGCACGGCGGCGCUGGCCGGCAUCCACCUGGCAUCCAUCUCGGACGGGUCGGACGAUAACGACGACAGCGGCAAGAUCUUCGACUCCUACUCUCGGCACAUGCCGGGGCACCUGGAGCGGCUCAUCGCCGGAAUGGAGGCGGCCGGCAGGCCCAAGGUGAAGUGGCUUGUGUGCGACGUGUUCAUGUGGUGGCUCUUGGACGUUGCCAAAAAGUUUGGCAUCCGCGUGGCCGCAUUCUGGCCGCUGCCGGCGGCUUGCUUAGCCAUUUGUCUCAAGAUCCCCAAGUUGACAGAGGAUGGGCUCCUCAACAACAAGGGUUGGCCAGAGCGUGAUGAGACGUUCCAGCUUGCCCCCGGGAUUCCACCGCUGCACACGUCGCAGCUGCCGUGGAUGCAUCUCGGACCGGUCGUCUUCGAGAUGCACAUCCGGACCGGCAUGCUCACCGCCCACGCCGAGAUGGUGGUGUGCAACUCUUUCGGCGAGCUCGAGGCCGGCGCUUUCAAGAUCCUGCCGCCCAACGUCCUGCCCAUCGGACCCCUGACCUCAGACAGGGAGCUCCGGAAGCCCGUCGGGCAGUUCCUGCCGGAGGACACCCGGUGCCUCCAGUGGCUCGACGCCCAGCCCGACGGGUCCGUCGUGUACGUGGCGUUCGGCAGCACCGCCGUCUUCGACCCGCGCCAGUUCCGGGAGCUCGCGCUGGGGCUGGAGCUCACCGGCCGGCCGUUCCUCUGGGUGGUGCGCCCGGACUUCACCGCCGGCGACCUGAGCAAGGCGUGGUUCGACGAGUUCCAGGCCCGCGUCGCCGGCACAGGCAUGGUGGUCAGCUGGUGCCCCCAGCAGAAGGUCCUGGCGCACCGCGCGGUGACGUGCUUCGUAUCGCACUGCGGCUGGAACUCGACAAUGGAGGGUGUCAGGAACGGCGUGCCGUUCCUGUGCUGGCCUUACUUCUCCGACCAGUUCGUGAACCGGAACUACAUCACCGACGUGUGGAGGACCGGCCUGGCGGUGUCGCCCGACGCGAGCUGGGUUGUGACCAAGGAGGAGCUGAGGAGCAAGGUGGAGCAGGUCGUCGGCGACAGCGAGAUCAGGGACCGAGCGCGGCUGUUCAGGGACGCGGCUCGCCGGAGCAUCGGCGAAGGGGGAGCCUCGUACGAGAACCUGCAAAAGUUCGUGGACCUGCUGCGUGCGUGAUGAUUCACCAACAGUUAGUCCAGCAUUUCUAUACGCCUAUGCACGGGUCCUGACUGGUCAUGCAUGCAUUCACCUGCAUCAGUAGCAGUCUGAGCCAGCUGUUCUGCUUUCGUCGUUUUUACCAUGCUUUCGAUACCCCCUAGGCACAUUUUCGUUCGUUCAUUUUCUGUGUGUUCGUGUUAAACCGCUAUCAUUGUGUCAUGUUCGUGUUUAGCCUCACGGCUGGUUUUCAAUAAUGUGGAUGAGGCUUCCAUUCAGGAA